UGAAAUAUGCGGAGAAGAAAUGGAAUGAGACAUUUCAACUGGUUCGUAGGUGCAUGGAUAAGUCCAGAGGUGACCCCAAACCCUGUGAGCCACUGGUUAGAUGUCUGAAAAGACUCCAUGAAGUACUCAAUGUGUCAGUGUCCACUCUGAGUUGCAUGGUGUCCCGUUUGGAGAUGGUCGCCAAACAAAGAGGAAUGGGGUCCUACCUGAGUCCCAGUGAGACCACCUGCUACCUGACGGCCGACCUGUUCUACCUGGAGGUGCUGCUCCUGACAGGUGGAGGGGUGGAGGAUGUUAAAGUGGCCCAGCAUGGAGAAGCUCCUGUGUCAAGUGAGUCCCUUCUAAAGCUGCUGAGGUCACAGAGAUUUGAAGAAUUCUCGGGGAAGCUUGAAGGCCUUGCGUCCCUCUACAACAUACCCGGAGACAAUGAGACCAAAGUCAAGAUAUUCACAUCGCUGCAGCACCUAGGGAGAGAUCUGCAGAAGAUAUCACAUUUGCCAAGAGCACUGAAGGAGUAUGAUCCUCAAGUGGACAUCAUUCUCAAUGGCAGACUUGGGUAUCUGACUGUGGGCAGAGAAGGCUGUCCAAUGAGCAUUCAGUUCUUCGUGAGUCCUUCAGACAUCCUCCUGGGGUUGUUAGGACCAGAGAGAGAGAGUGUUGGCCAGGUGACUCUGGUGACAGUGGGACCCAGUGAGUCCACCCACAAACUCCAGAUGACAUCACUGCUCCCACAACCACCUCAGCUUGACUCUCAAGGUGACCCAGUGUUCAGCCCUCUGAGUGAGGCGACAUGUGAGGCUCUGCCCGCCUACUUCCUUCUUAAGCUGCAACAGCCGCUGCCUGUGCUCUCUGCUUUUAUCAACAAGAUCAACCAAAUCACAGGUGUUGCCAUACCAGAACCCGACCUGCAGUGGGCGCCCUUACCCCAGUUGCUGAUGGAGUUAUCAGGGGCAGGGGGAAAGGACGGGGGUGAAACAUUAUCUGGGCCAGAGUCAGACACCUUCUUCAUUGUGUCGCUUCCUGGCGAAGUGCACAGCUAUGUGGUCCCAGGCACUGCAUGGGCUGGAGGGACUGGUAAAGGGGCCAUGGUGGGCAGCAUCCCCUUCACCCACCCUGCCCACGUCCCUGCCCUGCUGGAAGUCCUGCGCCAUCAGUGUACCAUCAACACCCUGCUGGCCAGCUGUGGGACCGCGACCCGGCGCAGCCCAGGAUCGGCGUGUGAUCUGUACUGCGAGGUCCUUCCAGUGUGCGAGUCCAGCUUCUCUGUGACCUUUCACCUUUCUGAGAGUGACUCUCUUGCUGUGUUGGUUGUAAAUGUGGAAGACCCCCAACAUCUUAGAUGCAGCCUGUUUGCGUCAGGAUUAGAACACUCACCCAUGGAUGAAUAUAUCUCUAAAGUCCUAAAGAGAUGUCUGUCCAUCCCGGUGACCAUGAGGGCGUUAAAUGGGAAGCUGGACAAAAGAAUGAUUCCCCAGACUCCGCCCGCCCGUGUCACUCCCCUGGCAGGUGCCACUUCGUCUGUCCUCGUGUCCCUGGACGCCGUCAGCCCCAGUGUCACUGAACCCGGCCGUGUCCAGUCUCCUCCCUCCGCCACCAUCUCCCAGAGUGUACCUGGAGCAGAUGCCAUGGCUGCGGUGUCUGCCUCCGAGUAUUAUCUCAUGUCUGUAACCGCAUCUCAGCCUGUUUCUGAUUCCAAUACAAGCCUUCCUGCCAACCCUUACCCCUGUGUCUCUGUGGGUGUGUGUCCUUCGCACUGGAUAGCCAGCAGCAACCACCUUCCAGAACUCAUCUAGGGGUCUUAGUGUGUAGCGUGUGAACCACAAAGGA